UUUACUUCUGGUGUCUGUCUGACUCUCUCUCUCUCUCUCUCUCUCUCUCUCACUCAGUAUUCACUAUUCAGUAACUCCCCUUUCUCACUUUUAUCACUCUUUCCAUCUCUCUCUCUCUCUCCGUUGCUUGACUUUAGUGGUCAGUGUGAUUAUUAAAAAUACAUAUAACCGCCGGAGAAUAUGGGAAGAGCGCCNNNNGCGCCGUGUUGCGAGAAGGUUGGUAUUAAGAGAGGACGGUGGACGGCGGAGGAGGACCAGAUUCUCUCCAACUACAUUCAAUCCAACGGUGAAGGCUCUUGGAGAUCUCUUCCCAAAAAUGCCGGAUUAAAAAGGUGUGGAAAGAGCUGUAGAUUGAGAUGGAUAAACUAUCUUAGAUCCGAUCUCAAGCGUGGGAACAUAUCUCCCAAAGAAGAAGAACUUGUUGUUAAGUUGCAUUCCACUUUGGGAAACAGGUGGUCACUAAUUGCGAGUCAUCUACCAGGGAGAACAGACAACGAAAUAAAAAAUUAUUGGAACUCUCAUCUCAGUCGUAAACUCCACAACUUCAUCAGGAAGCCGUCCGUCUCUCAAGACGUCGCCGCUGUAAUCAUGAACGCUUCUUCUGUGCCGCAGGCAAAACGCAGACUUGGGAGAACUAGUAGAUCCGCCAUGAAACCCAAAACCCACGGAACAAUUAAAACUCGAAAAACGAAGAAAACGCCUGCAGCGCCGCCGGAGCCAAAAGCCGACGUAGCGGUGGCUGAAGAAGGACCAGUAAUGGUGAAGUUAAGUGGAGCCGAGGCUGAGCUAGGACCAUGUGACUACUAUGGAGAUUAUUGUAAUAAAAAUCACGUGAGCAUUAAUGGGGAUAAUGGAGUUUUAUCGUUUGAUGACGACAUCACUGACCUUUUGUUGGACGAGUCAGAUCCAGGCCACAUAUACACAUCGUGUGGUGGUGAUGCGGAGUUGAAUAGCAUAAUUAGAGACUCUGAAGGAGCCAGAGGGUUCUGCUCGGAGUCUUUCAACCAAGGGAAACUCGACUGUCUUCAGUCUUGCCAGUCAGUGGACUCGUUUCUCAACUACGACCACCAAGUUAACGAUGCGUUGACGGAUGAGUUUAUUGAUUGGGAUUGCGUUUGGCAAGAAGGUAGCAGCAACAAUCGUUGGCAUGAGAAAGAGGGCGCCGACUCGAUGGUGUCGUGGCUUUUGGACGGUGAUGAUGACGCCACGAUCGGGAAAAGCAAUUGCGAGAACUUGGGAGAACCGUUGGAUCAUGACGACGAAAAUGCUUUAGUCGCUUGGCUUCUGUCCUGAAGAUAUUAUUGGUUGACCCGUACGUACUUUAUGUAAUCUUUUUGUAUUUACAGUUUGAGACCAUUCCACGUCGCAUCGUAUAUCCCGACUUAUCAAUGUGCGUAGGCAAUAAAACUCAUGGGAUUUUUGUAAGGUAAAAAUAUUUUGUCGUUGUAAUAAUAGUAGUCUAAGAACUAAA